UAUGCAUGAAGAAUCAAUGAGUAUUGGAAAGAAAUUAAAACAAUAUGGGCAAUGUAUAGUAUAUAAGUGAUGCAAUUUUCUUCUCAAGGAUUGAGUGAAAUUAGAUUUUUCAACAUACUGUAGGGAUCGUUAACAAUGAUUAGUUCAAGAAAACGAAUGAAUCAAGUAGAUGAAGAAAGUUCUGAUCAUUUCAUCGGAUGAUGAUAACUUCAUCGAAUAUCAAUUUUUUUAACUAUGAUGACUUUUAUCGAAUUCUCUAAGAAUUAGAAAUAAUGGAAGCAUGCAAUUUGCAAUUCUUGUGGAUAGUUUCUUGGGUUCUUCUGUGACGAUUGUUAAAUGAAAAACAAAAUAGUUUCCGCUAAAAUAUAAUUAUCUUUGUAAGCUGAGAAGCCAAGUAGUAAGAAUAGUGGUUAACCGUCUACACUAUAUCGGUUCGGACUACAUCAUAUACAAAUGUGAUCAUGGUAGAACUCACUGUUUUUGCCGAUGCACUGCAGCCCAUUUUGUGAACUAAGUGUGUAAAAUUUUUUAAUGCUAUGUAAAAAUAAAAUUUUGAAUAAAUGACGGAAUACUAUUCAGCGAAAAUAGUCUUUCAUUUAAACAAACAUGUUGCUUGACGACAAUUUUUCUUUUUUUUAUUUCUUAAUGUACAUUUUUUUUUGUUGACACUCAACGAAGAAGAUUGUCUAGUGUCAAUAGAAAAGGAUGGCGACGCCGACGACAAAAGUUUGUUGUUUCUACUGUUGUCAAGAUUCUCUUGCCUAUGUUUCAAUAAGUAGCAGUCUGUUGAAAAUCAUGCUUCGGAUGAAUUAGUAAGUAGCUUAUCAGCAAACAAAAAAACUACCCUUUUUCUAUUGCAAAAACGUUGUGGGUGUGUGGAUGUGGGCGUAAGUAUGGCAGAAAAGAAGACCCACACACCCAGGGUUAGAACCGGAUCGAUAGAUACCGGAAUUUCACCGGUUGAACGUUUGGAGAAAUCUUCUUUGUCAACUCUGUUUUUGGCCAUAAAAACUAAGGUGUCACAUGUUUCUUUUUGUCAGAAUGCGUAAUAAGUUCUCAAAACAGAUGUUAUAUUCAUCAUUUUUUCUGAGAUUCUCUUUAAAAAGAUUCAUUAUGACGAGUAUGUUUCACAUACGCUCCUAAACUACUCCAUAUUUGAAGCCGUUUUUUCUAAAAAUCGUUGUUCAAAAACAUUCGACAUUUUUCCUUCGGUUUUUAACCGGUUUUCAUCGGAAUUUCUCAACCGGCUCCAUCCCUGCCCACACUAACCCACAUAAUUAUUUUAUAUUGUAGGGGACAAAAAAAGCAUUCGAACCAUCACAAAGAAUGAAAAUAAAAGGAAAAAAAUCUUUUUUUCUUUCUGUACGGAUUAUUAUUAUACACAUUUCUAUAGUUGGAGAGAAACUUUGCAAAUAUUGCAACAGUGUACGAAAAUUAAAUUCGAACAUAAGAGUGAAUUAGUUAUCUUCUAGACAAUGCGAUUCAAAAGAGAACUUCAAAGAGAAGAGUAAAAGAAUCUGAUAUUCACCGAGUGAACGAAUAGAACAAGGAUAAUUAAAGAAUUUGUCAGAUUUAUUAUGAAUAAAUCUACAAAGAAUUUUCUCAAGAUCAGGAUAAAAAAAAAUCUUGAUGAUCAAUAUUAAAAAUAAAUAAUGUCAAAUAAAUAAGAUUUUUCAUUAGUAGACAUGAAUGAUAAAACAAGAAUAAAUAUCUUCAGUUUUGAGAACCAUUGAUCAUGAUUCAAUAAAUCUUAAUCAAUUGAAAAGAAAAAUUCAAAAUUCAACUUAUUCAAAUAAUAUUUUGUUCAUGUUGAGAAUUGAGACAAAUUUGAACUUUGAUUUCAUUAUUCUCUUUCAAUAUGAAGACAAAUGUUGCCAUCAUAUUCUUCAACAAUUUUCAAAACAAAAGACACAAAGCUUUUACUAUAUUUCUUAAUCAAAACCGAUGAAACAAUGAUAGAUAAUACGUUUUCGAAAUUUUGUUUAAAACUACACAGAAACAAUUGUUAUUCAAUACAUUUUUAAAAACUUGUUAUGGCUUCCAAAUUCUAAGUAAAUCAUCUCUCUCAUAUUCUUUUCGAAAAAGCAAAGAAUAACAAAUGCACAAAAAAUGAUUUUUUCAUUUUUUUUGAUAAACAAUGUGUGUGGAAACACACAACUUCUUUUCAUGCAAAAUAGACGACGACAUUAUUAAGAAUGGCGUGUGAUGACAAGGAGUAUGUAAUGUUAGUCUCUCUAUCAUGUAAUUAUUCUUAAGAGAGUCUUUUUAUUAAUAAUUUUGGAGAACAUCUACAAAGUUCAUCACUAAUAGAGAGCAUAAAUGCAGUUUCUGAUCGAUUAAAUAAUAUUUCAGUUUCUGAAUUAACAUUUAUUAAGAUUUUCGAAGAAUGGCGCGUUCAAGCUCAUGAAAUAAUUGAUAAAUUCUGCCAAGAAAAACAUAAUCAAUAUAUAGAGAGUGCCAAAGAAGAAUUUGAUCAUAUUCGAGAUACAAUAACUUUGUUAAUUAAUAAUCAUAAUAGAGAAAAUGAUUAUCUUCAUUGGAUUAAACAAACAAUUCAAUCAAUUGAACAAAAUCUCGAUGAUCUUAAAAAUUUUCAAUAUAAAUUUGCUCCAUUAGAAAUCGAUUCAUCAAUUAUUCGUUUACCUUCUUCAAUAAUCUAUAUUAAACAUCCUGCAUCUCCAAUGAACGAUUUUGUUUCUCCUCAAUCUUCACCAAAUAAUUCAGUUUCUCCUGAAAUGCAAGUUCAUUCGUAUUGCUUUUCAUUAUCUACACGAAAUAGUCUCUAUCCUUGGUUAAUAUCUCCAAAACGAAUAAUAAAACUUCCAUCUGAUAAUUGGUAUUCAUUAGCGACUAAUCAAACAUAUAUUUUGGUUAUUGGAAAAUCGACUUUAUAUUUGAUCAAUCAGCAUUUUAAAAGUGUUAAUCAAAAGUCAUUUUCACAAGAAGGAAUAAAAGAUAUUUGUUGGUCAAAAACACUCAAUCGAUUCAUUUUAAUCUCUCCAAAGGAAAUUUUUAGUCUUCAUGAAAAAAGAAUGAUUCUAGAUCCAUGUCAACUAUAUUUUAAUAGUAAUAUACCUUGGAAACGUGGAAUAUGCUCGGAAACAUCGUUAUUUUCAUCGACUUUUGGCCAAAAUCCAUUCAUCGUUGAGUUUAAUCUUUGUCCAUCUAAUUCAUUUUAA